GCUGCAGCCGAGGAGCAGCCAGACUGUCAACAAGUUGUCAUGGGCCGUUAAAAGAGCUUAGCCGCCGAUGGUUUAACGUUUAAACUUUGACCCUCCCGCUCAUUCAGAUGAUUAACGGCGGCCAGACGAAGAUUAGGUGAAGGACGCCCACCUUUCCAAGUAAAUGAGAAGCUGAUGUCUGUCCCUUGAUGAAUUAAUCUCACAUUGGUUGAGGAUUUCUAAUAAAGCAGCCGGUGUCCCAGUGUGACCAGUAUGGCUGCAGCAAACACCACCAAGAUCUCAUGGAGGCUACAGGAAUUUGAGGCGCACUCCCGGAGCGUUUCAUGUUUGGCUCUGGCAAAGAGCUCUGGCCGCCUGCUGGCCACAGGAGGGGAGGACUGCACGGUCAACAUCUGGGCUGUCAGCAAGGCCAACUGCAUCAUGAGUUUGACUGGUCACAAGAACCCAGUGGAGUGCGUCCUGUUUAACAUGUCAGAGGAGCAGGUUGUCGCCGGGUCAAGGUCUGGUUCAGUACGAGUCUGGGACCUGGAGGCUGCCAAGAGUUUACGGACUCUGAUGGGACACAAAGCCAACAUCACCAGUCUGGGCUUUCAUCCGUUUGGAGACUUCCUCGCCUCAAGCUCUAUGGACACAAACAUCAAGCUGUGGGAUGUGCGGAGGAAAGGAUACGUGUUCAGAUACAAGGGUCACACUCAGGCAGUGAGGAGUCUGGCCUUCAGUCCAGAUGGGAAGUGGUUGGCCUCAGCCAGCGAUGACUGCACCGUCAAGCUGUGGGAUCUGACUCAGGGGAAGACCAUCACAGAGUUUAAAUCUCACACUGCAGCCGUCAAUAUCGUCCAAUUUCACCCCAACGAGUACCUGCUGGCAUCAGGCAGCUCUGACAGGACAAUCAAGCUGUGGGAUCUGGAGAAAUUCAGGAUGAUCGGCUCGUUAGAGGGAGACACGACUGCAGUCAGGUGCAUAUUUUUCAGUCCUGAUGGCAGCUGUCUGUACAGUGGGGCCACAGACUCUCUGCGUGUCUUCGGCUGGGAGCCUGACCGCUGCUUCGAUGUGGUGCCUGUUGGCUGGGGGAAAGUUGCUGACCUGGCAGUCUGCAACCAACAGCUGAUCGGUGUGUCUCACGAGCUCUCCAGCGUCUCCUCCUAUGUGGUAGAUCUGAAACGGGUGAAGAAGAGCGGUGGUUCUGUGAUCCAGGGAAUCAUUAAGGACAACCAGCCACUCACAGAGCCAAAGGAUCCUAAAGGGGCCGCUUUGCGCAGGAAUUACGAGAGACCCACAACCACCUGUACCUCACAAAGGUUAAAGCAGAGUUCAGACUCUGAUCGGCGGAGCCCUGAAGGCGAAAGACGGAGCCCAAGUGAGGACGAAGCAGAAGAGAAAUUGUCGUCAGCCGAAAUCCACAACGCAGAAGAUUACAAGGAGAUCUUUCAGCCAAAAAAUGCUAUCUCUCGAACUCCUCCCAAGAUGUCUGAGCCUUUUCCUGCUCCUCCAGAGGACGAGACAAUAUUAGCAAUCGGCCGCCAGCUGAAGGACAUAGUGUCUCCGUUUCCUGACAAACAGCAGGCUGCUCCACUGGCCUCCUCCACACCUGUCCAGAGGGUGGAACCUACAGUGGUGUCCUGUGCUAAGCGCCCCCCAGCUGUCGUCCCAGUGCCGUCCAACCCCCCCUACUCUGACCUUCCUCCUCCUUCUCAGCCUCCCAUCAUCACAGCAAAGUCUAAACAGCAGCCGAAAAUCAUCCUCAGCACACGGAAUGAACCGAUCGGACUAAAUGUGGCCGACUUUUUGCCGUCUCCUCCCAACAACCGAGCUAGCGCUCUUAGUGAUGAGGAGGCUCUGUCUCAGAUCAAGAAAGGCCACGACACCAUGUGUGUGAUGCUAAGCAGCCGACACAAGAACCUGCAGACAGUACGAGCCGUGUGGGCCCGAGAGGACAUCAAGAGCGCUCUGGAUGCUGCCGUCUCCAUGAAUGACCUCUCUAUUGUGGUGGACAUCCUCAACAUCAUCAACCUCCAACCGUCUCUGUGGAAGCUGGACUUAUGUACAACCAUCCUCCCUCAGAUUGACAAACUGCUGCAGAGUAAAUAUGAGAGCUACAUGCAGACCGGCUGUACGUCUCUGAAGUUGAUCAUGAAACACUUCUGGAUCCUGAUCUCUGACACACUGAAGGCAGCGCCAUCUGUGGGAGUCGACAUCACACGAGAGGAGCGACACCAGAAGUGCCGAGCGUGCUGCAAGCAGCUGAAGAACCUAAGCAACGUGGUGAAGAACAAAGCGACCCAGGUCGGCCGCCAUGGCAGCGCCUUCAAAGAACUACAGCUGCUCAUGGCGCCGCUGGACGACGCUCUCUGAGAGCAGCAGGACUUACCCAGAGACUCAAACCGACAGAUCUGACGGAGAUCAUCAGGCGUUAUUCAAUGUGCUGCAGGACCCUGCAGAUCAGACACUGCUGGAAGUCAUUUUAGUGUCUCCUGUUGGAACAUUUCUGCACGCCGUGUCUCAAUCUGUAAUAAAGAUCCUCCAGAAGCCUCCGUCACUACACACGACAUACAUGGAGACAAGUGUUAUUGAAUUUUCCUGUACUGACAAGGAAACACACUGACCGUUCGAGGAUGUCUCAAUCCAAUCAGAGGUGAAAAGGGUGGUAACAGCUGAUGAACAGCCUGACGGGCACUGUUGGGCAUAGAUGAGGGUCACGUCGUCCAUCCGAAGUCCUCUGCGAACAGUUUGGCUCUGCUGGCACAGGAUGAUGAAUAGCUCCGACAUCUCCAUCAGGCUCAGGAAUUUCAAACACAGUCAGCAGUAACAGCUGAGAUCAAAACAAGCUGCAGCAUUGAGUUCAUCUCACAGACCACAUUUACACCUUCAUUAACAUCUGUGCUGCAUAAUCGAAUACAAAAUAUAAUCAACUGCAUGUGCAAUGUACAAUGCAUGUACACCUAAAUGCAAAGUGAAGACAAUCUGAUAUCUGAUUGCUCAGACUGCAUACAGAGGUGGUCUGCGAUGCCUUCAUCCAUUGCCUACUGGCAUGCACUAAAAAUCACCCUGUAAACUGACGAGAUCUGCAGUCGUCUACCAGUAAACAAAAAGCAUGGUUUAUAUGCUGCUCCCCUGUCAUCUUGAACUGUGGAGCCAUUUCCAUCUAACCAGUACCCACAAUUUUUAUUUACUAGUGAUUCCUCAAGACUCACUAUCACCUCCUUAAUUAGGAAUCGCAAUCACUUUUCAGGAAAUUUCAACCACUAAAAAAUGCUACAAUUUGGACCUUAAAUGAAACAAUGCAUGUGACUGGACGGAGAUGGGACAAAACAAAUGUGAAUCUUGAACACUACUAUAAUACUAAAAACUAAUGUUCAAUACAAUACAUUUUUAUUUUCAUAUUAAGCAAACCUCAUUAUGCUGCUUGUUGAAAUAAAGUGGCUGGUAAAAAUGUGAGUGGCUGGUAGACUUUUGAAUCCACCGGCCAAAAAAAAUUCAUUUGCAACCCUGCUACCAGUGCCUCUUUAACAUUUGUUCUCCCUCACUUUUUCAUAAAUAUGCAUCUAAGAAAAUAUGAAAUACUUUGUAGUAAAUAAAAUUUGGGGGUGGGGCGGCCAGCGAGGCUAGACAGACGUAGAUAAGCUAGAGUAAGUCUGAGAGCCAUAGUAAUGAUCUAUGGACUGCUAAUGGUAUAAGAGACAUCAGGUCAUCACUGGAGACAUAUGUUUUACAAAGUGUUAAUCAUAAUCAAGAGUUGUCAGCUUGGUAUAUGAUUACCCAGGACAGAUGUUAAUGAAAAAUGUAAACAGGAUCGUAAUUGACUCUCCUCUCACAUUAAAAUUGACAAUCAGAAAACAUUUGUGGCUUAAAACAUUCCUUAGAACAAAAACAAAGUUAUUUUCCCCACAAAUGAUCCACCUGAAUCAUUCCUGAGGCAUGUAUGCUCCCUCACUUUAAUGCCUGUACAGCUAUCAUAAGUCACAGCUGUUAGCAUCACCUAGCUUUAUUACUGGAAAGAUGGGAACACCUAGCUGACCAUCAUCUGCCCCACCCCCACCCCCCUGUCUCUGUUCCUCUAAAGCUCACGCAUGAACACCAUAGGUUAUGUUUAUGUCAUCACUGUGACCAGCUUAGAAAACAUCUGAUGAGUAAAGUUCACCUUAAAUGUGGAUUUGUUGUUACACUUUGAGCUCAAACACUUUAUCACUUUAAUCCACUUGUCUUUUUUUUACACAGACUUGCUGAGAGACUGCUAGUGAUGAUAAUCGACCAACUUUGAUAUUAACCUGAUCGAUUAUCGAUCAGGAAAGUUCACCUUAGGGGAGAAAAACAGAACCACACUCAGUCGGUAACAAACACUGAAGAAUUUACUGAAGAUGUUGAAAUAUUUUAACUGUCCUUUUCUACUUUCUCUACUGUCUCACUGUUAGAGCCUCUGUUUUAAAUGUACAGUAUUUCUGUUUU